AAUGAACUCCCACUGUAUUCCCACAGCAUUCUCACUGGGAAAACUGCAGGUUUUUGCGGUACAUAAAAUUGUGUUUUGAUUGUUAAAGCAGCACCACUUGAAGAGACAUGGCUUGCACUUGUAAGAUAGAUGAAGCAGCAGGGUGUCGACUGUCCACGGGCGUCCUCUUCACGCUGUCAUUCUGACCUUGCAUCAUUGUUUGAAACACACAAGAACCGCAAGGAAACGCAAGAACCAUCCAAGGCCAUGCCUCCAGGCUGUGAGUUCCUUUUCCACUGUUUUGGGAUGUCGACCUUGCCAUGGAGUUGGAGGUCAGUCUGGAAGAGUUGCUACAACACUUGAGGAGAGCUCCGGUGACCACGGGCGGGACCUCGUCGUCCUGUGCAAAGCGCUGCUUUCGCCGGCUGGAGCUCUCGGAAACCGAUGAUCCGCGGAGCUGGAGCCUGUUCAUGGGCGCACUGGGCCGUCAAGGUCUUUGGGAGCUGGCCUUGGAGUCUCUUCGCGCACUUCGCCAAAAGCACGACGCCGAGGGCGAUGCUCCGAGCAGCCGAACGCGGAGCGAGCAGCGGCUGGUGGCCUCCGCCAUGACGGCCUGCAGUCGGGCGACGCAGUGGUCCAUCGCGCUGCUGUUGCUGGGAUCCACUGGCAAGCCGGAUGUCAAGCUCCUCAAUGCAGGGAUUGCGGCCUGUGCCAAGGGUGGCAAAUGGCGGAGGAGCUUAGAACUUCUCAGUGAGAUUCAAGCGCAGUUGAUGCUGCCCACAGUCGUUUCCUUCGGCAGCAUCAUCAGCGCUUGUGCAAGUGGGCAGGCAUGGCCGGUGGCCAUCCAGUCCUUGGACUUGAUGACUUCGCUCCAGAUCGAUCCCAGCGUCGUCACAUAUAGCGCGGCGGCCAGCGCCUGUGAGAAGGGGCACCAGUGGCCGAUGGCCUUCGCCGUGCUACAGCUGCUGUUCUGCGCGAGGGGCUGGUGGAUCGGAGGUGUAGACCAACCGGCGAGGCUUGUGUAGACCAAGGGGCAGGCGCCAUCCAGGCUACUUAAACCGCUU